UGCAUGAGGCAGGGAGGCGGUGGGUUCGGGAAGCGCGGGUGCUCCGUGGGGCCCUCAGCCUCUCGGCGGGGCCGGCGCUCAGUGCCCGCAGGAGCCAAGCGCGUCCCGCCCCUUCCUCCGCGCCGGGAGCCGCGCUGCGCCAUGCCGAAACACGAAUUCUUUGUGGACAUGACCUGCGAAGGCUGCUCCAAUGCAGUCACCCGUGUCCUGCACAGACUGGGAGGUGUCCAGUUUGAUAUUGACCUGCCCAACAAGAAGGUGUGGAUUGACUCAGAGCACAACGUUGACACUUUAUUGGAAACCCUGAAGAAGACCGGAAAGAAUGCAUCCUACCUGGGGGAGAAGUCUGCGCAGUAGCCAUGCCUGGUGUGAGGAGGCUAGGAACUCAAAAAUUACUUCAGCAAAUAGAUGGCUUAACUAUUUUCAUGACUCCCAACUUGCUCUGUCAUUUGACCUUUGCUGUCCUGUCAGAUGUUGGAAAGCAGAGGGCUGGCAGGAGGACACAGCUGCGUCUUGGGCUUCAAAAGCAGAGAAACCUAGAGGAGGAGGUUGUUAUGUGCUGUUUCUAGUCCCACAGUAAAUCAAGGUGCUGCUUCUAUCUCUCAGUGCAUGUAUGUG